CCACAACACCAAGGUUAUCGAUGUAAACAAACUCUCCAUAACCUAUCUUUUACCUUAACUCUAAACAUAGUUUUUAUUGCAGGUUUUGUAUUGCCAAAGAAUGUCAAGGUGAUCUGGUUGGUCCAAUUCAGUGAUAGGUAUUAAGUAUUAGUUUACAACUCUGUGAGUGUGUAUAUUUUUGCACAAGACAAAAACUGUCACAAUGAGCAUACUUCAACUCUUUUCUGAUUUUCUUAGCAUUAUAACUAUAUCUUCUUGCUUAGUUCUUAAGGUUCCUCAAAUUCUGAGCAUUUACAGAUUAAAAUCAGCAAGUGGUAUCAAUAUUUAUGGCCUUUUAAUGGAGCUGGGAAGCUACACUACAACAACCUGCUACAAUUAUGUUAACGGCUAUGCUCUGCUGUCCUACAUGGAAUAUCCAAUAAUCAUUGUUCAGGAAUAUGCCCUGAUAUUUUUAGUUUUGAAGUACAAGCAUUUGUUCAAUACAAGAACUUAUGUGCUGAUUACUGUAUAUUUUGUGAUCAGUCUGGGAUUUGUCUCUAAAGUUAUACCUUCACCUGUAUUGAUGUACAUAAUUCCGCUAUGUACCCCAGUUUCACUGUCCAGUAAAGCUAUACAGCUGUGGGAGAUACUCAGAACCAGAAAUGCAGACUCUGUCAGUAUAACAACUUGGCUUAUAUCUGCCUUUACAAACUUUACUAGAGUAUUCACAAUUUUCAUGGACUCGGCAGACAAAAUACUUCUGACAAACUUCAUCCUCUCAGGAACUCUAAGCUCCAGCAUUGCUGUGGCUACUAAAUAUUUCCAGACCAAGAAACAAGACUAAAUCCAUUUCAAACCCUGGUGUUCAACUGCUAUUACAGUAUAAUUAAUAAUUAUUGGCAUACUGUAAGAGGUAUGUAACAAUUAACAGUCAAUUAAGUAAUGAUCUUCCUCAAGAAUAUUCUGAUCAAUUUUAGUCAUUAGCAUUCUUGUACAAUUUUUUCUGAAUCUAAAAAAGUAUGUUCCUUGUAUUUUCUAUGCAUAACUGUUACCAAAGUAUUAUUAGAAAAUCUCAGAAUUAGGAAGUCAGUUUCAUUGAAGACAAAGGAACUUUUAUGUUUAAAUUGUAAUUUAUGACUAUACAAAAUAAUGUAUGAAUCAUUACACUCACUGAAGGUAAUACAUAUCUUGUUAAGUUAGAGAAGUUCUUAUAAUGCAAGUGUUGUUAAAACUUAGGCUUUCAAGCAGGAGAAGGAAUUAAUCCUGAGACUAUUAUAAUAGUAUGCUACUGUAAAUCUUAUUAAUAAUUAUAUUACUGUUUGUAACAACACUUA